GAUGGCUUUGUAUGCAAAGGCAUCACAAAACUUGAAAGAACUUGAGGAUCUUGGUUGCACAAUUGUGAAUCCAGUUGAUGUAAUGACAAUGGCCGAACAUAGACUUCUGCAAGGUCGAAAGUUUGAUCGCAUAAUUUAUAAUUUCCCUCAUGCUGGUUUCGGUGGUCGUGAAAGUGACUUCUCCCAGAUUCAGCGUCACAGGGACUUAGUUAGAGGGUUUCUGCAGAAUGCUAAACUUAUGCUUAGUUCUUUUGGUGAAAUCCAUAUAACUCACAAGACAACGUACCCUUUCACUAUGUGGUAUAUCGAGUAUUUGGCAAGUUGUGAGGGCUUGAGACUUGUUGGAGAAGUUGAGUUUGAUAAAGCUCUUUAUCCUGGUUACGAGAACAAAAGAGGCUCUGGUUUAUGUUGUGAUCAAAGUUUUUUUAUUGGAAAAUGCAGUACCUUCAAGUUCUCAUUUUAAAAAACAUAUUUGUUUUAAA